AUGGCCGUCACCUUCGUGUGCCUCUCUCGCUCACAAUCAUCCCUUAAUGACGCGCUGUCCAUAUAUACAAAGAGGAAGCACGAAGCCAGUCUUGACAAAAAUCAUAGUCGCAAUGUACGGCCGGUACGCACGCGAAGACGAAGGAACCGAUGCAAUGGGUAUAAACCACCGCCAAUCCAAUAUGAAAACAGUGAUGCGACUACCAAAUGGUAUCAUGCGAAAAACGCCGAAGCCUGCAUGUCCGUCCAAAGCAGUGUCCUUGCUCGCACCGAAAAAAAGCCCUGUCCAGGCGCUGAGUGUGAAAAGAUGGGGAACUGA